AUGGAGGGACUAACCAAAAAUGACAAGAAGAAGAAGCGCAAGAGGAAGGAAAGCUAUGCCAUCUACAUCUACAAGGUUUUGAAGCAAGUACAUCCUGAUACCAGCAUUUCGUCAAAGGCCAUGAGUAUCAUGAACAGUUUUGUGAAUGAUAUCUUUGAGCGUAUUGCUGGUGAGGCAUCACGUUUAGCCCACUACAACAAACGUUCAACCAUCACCAGUCGCGAAAUUCAGACUGCCGUACGUCUACUUUUACCUGGUGAAUUGGCCAAGCACGCCGUCAGUGAAGCUCUAAAUGGAAUCCCGAAAGGCAUUAUCCAGACACGACCAAAUCCCGACCAGACAUAA